GUGUCUAAUGAGACUCGGCGUGUGUAUCUCUGUUAGUACCGCUGUAGUAUUUACAGCCCCGCCGCCCUUCCCACGAGGAUGCCGUUAUUGUCAUUUACAUUAUUUUCCAAAAGGUUGCUUUAUAACAACAACUCCGUUUAUGUAAUCCUGCUGUGACGGUCUCUGUGUGCAUUAGUGUCGUGCAGCGAGUAGAGGAAGGAGAGCGCGCUCCGUCUACGAUGGAGGGCUCGUCGGGGGAAGGUGACCUGUUUACCGUCAAGCACGAGCUCAGAAACGCCAAUCUGACGGGUCAUGUGGAGCGAGUGGGCAUUGAGAACUUUGAGCUGCUGAAAGUGCUGGGAACAGGAGCCUACGGCAAGGUGUUCUUGGUUCGCAAGGUGAGCGGCCAUGAUUCGGGUAAACUCUAUGCCAUGAAGGUGCUGAAAAAGGCCACUAUUGUGCAGAAGGCGAAGACGGCAGAGCACACACGCACAGAGAGACAGGUCCUCGAGCACAUCAGACAGUCUCCUUUCCUGGUUACACUCCAUUAUGCCUUCCAGACAGACACCAAGCUGCAUCUCAUUCUAGACUAUGUGAACGGAGGUGAGCUCUUCACACACUUGGUCCAAAGAGUUCGCUUUAAAGAGCAAGAGGUUACCUUGUACAGUGGGGAGAUUGUACUAGCACUGGAGCACUUGCAUAAGCUGGGAAUUGUCUACAGAGACCUAAAACUUGAGAAUAUACUUCUUGAUUCAAACGGUCACAUCGUGUUGACGGACUUUGGCCUUAGUAAGGAGUUCCAUGAGGUAGAGAGGGCUUAUUCCAUCUGUGGCACUAUUGAGUACAUGGCUCCUGAGAUUGUAGCAGGAGGAGAGUCGGGACAUGACAAGGCGGUGGACUGGUGGAGUAUGGGAGUUCUGAUGUAUGAGCUGUUGACCGGAGGCUCUCCUUUCACUGUCGACGGCGAUGAGAACUCUCAUUCUGACAUUGCCGAGAGAAUUAUGAAAAAAGUUCCUCCAUUCCCCAAAGACAUGGGGCCUCUGGCCAAAGACAUUAUCCAGCAACUGCUAAUUAAAGACCCAAAGAAGAGGCUGGGCUCCGGGCCCUCUGGGGCCCAGAAUGUGAAAAGCCAUCCAUUUUACCAGAAAAUGAACUGGGAGGAUCUAGCUGCUAAGAAGGUUCCGGCUCCGUUUAAGCCUGUAAUUCGUGAUGAGCUGGAUGUAAGCAACUUUGCUGAGGAGUUUACAGAGAUGGACCCAACAUACUCCCCAGCGGCACUUCCAAACAACUGUGACCGCAUCUUUCAGGGCUAUUCCUUCAUGGCUCCCUCCAUCCUUUUUAAGAGGAACGCGGUGAUGGACGACCCGGGUCAGCUGUGCGGCAGGUCAGAGAGGCCGGGCUCCGCCGCUGUUGCCCGUAGCGCUAUGAUGAAGGACUCUCCAUUCUACAUAAACUAUGAGAUGGACCUGAGGGAGAACGCUCUGGGAGAGGGAAGCUUCUCCAUCUGCAGACAGUGCACUCACAAAAAGACUGGACAGAAAUAUGCCGUAAAGAUCGUCAGUAAAAGAAUGGAGGCACAGACUCAGAAAGAGAUCGCUGCUCUCAAACUGUGUGAUGGACACCCCAACAUAGUCAAGCUGCAUGAGAUCUACCACGACCAGCUACACACAUAUCUUGUUCUGGAGCUCCUGCAAGGUGGAGAACUGCUGGAGAGGAUCAGAAGGAAGCAGCACUUCAGCGAGACGGAGGCCAGCUGCAUCAUGCGCAGACUGGUGUCUGCAGUCAGCCACAUGCAUGAUGUUGGUGUGGUGCACAGGGACCUUAAACCUGAGAAUUUGCUCUUCACUGAUGACACUGAGAAUUCAGAGAUCAAAGUUAUUGACUUUGGCUUUGCACGGCUCAAACCCCCCGACAAUCAGCUCCUGAAGACCCCCUGCUUCACUCUUCAGUACGCUGCACCGGAAAUCCUCAAAUACGACGGUUACGAUGAGUCCUGUGACCUCUGGAGUUUAGGAGUUAUUUUGUACACCAUGCUAUCUGGCCAGGUCCCAUUUCAGUGCCAUGGGAAAAGUCUAAUGCACACCAGUGCAGAAGAGAUUAUGAGGAAGAUCAAACAAGGAGACUUCUCUUUCGAAGGUGAAGCCUGGAGGAAUGUGUCCAAUCAGGCCAAAGAUCUGAUACAAGAGCUGCUGACGGUGGACCCUGACAAGCGGAUAAAAAUGUGUGGCCUACGCUAUAAUGCCUGGCUGCAGGAUGACAGUCAGCUCUCUUCCAACCCUCUUAUGACCCCUGACAUCCUGGGAUCUUCUACCAUAUCAGUGCACACCUGUGUCAAAGCCACCUUCAAUGCCUUUAAUAAGUGUAAGCGGGAGGGCUUCCGACUCCAGACAGUUGACAAGGCUCCUUUGGCCAAACGCAGAAAGAUGAAGAAGACCAGCACCAGUACAGAGACCCGCAGCAGCUCCAGUGAGAGCACACACUCAUCAUCCUCUUCCUCCCAGUCUCAGGAUAAGACGCCACCAGGUGGAGAGACAGCCAUUAUUCCCCAGGCCUCCGUGAGCACACCUCUCACUCUUGGCCCUGACGAUGAGCCCUCUCAGGGCGAGCCCCAGCCUGCCUUCACAUUUUCAUAGUGAACCCAUCUGAGAGUCGGACAACAGGAUAGUUUACGUAAUUAGGAUACAUAAUUAUCCCACCGUUCUUUCUCCUCACGCUCUGGCAAGGCUGUACAACUCCAGAAUUUGCAUGCGGGGACCAACUCAAAUCCAUCACUAGCAAUAGAUGCAUACCAUGAGUGCUGAACACUGAGCUUGAGUGAACUUCUGGCUCAAGUCCUGCAUGGCGAAACCUCACUGCAUCCAGUCCAGUGUCUCAAACAGAAGGGAGAACUUCACUUUUAGGAGCAUCAAACCUUCAACUGAUGGUGAAAAAAGGAAAGUCUGCUUCUGCAGUAUCCUGAAGGACCAGGCACUUCGCUUUGGGCAAAAAAAAGAAAGGGAUAUGUAUUUUAAAAGAAUAUAAAUAGAAUUUAUAAAAGAGGAGAUUUAUUAUUUAUACAGACUUCUGUCAAAAUUGGUAUAUAUUACAUAUUUGGUAUAUAUCAAUUUGUCAAAUAUGAGGGUUCCAUUUGUGCUGGGAGCUUCGUGGUAUUGAUUCACAUAUCUAACUUUGAUCUUUGACUUCUUCCAAAAGAUUUUACUGAAGUAGCAACAAUUAGGUGUUAAUAGUUUCAUUGUAAAACUCUUAUUAGGUAACCAUUGCAAGGUAAAAAAGAUAGUUUGUUUCUUAUUUACAUGUUAUUUGAAAUUUCUGUUGAGAUCCUUUUCUCAGGUUAUUUAUUUGUUUUUUAAACUUGAAUUCAUUUUUUAAGAAACUGAAGGUGAAGUCACAUUUACUCUUGCUCUAAGAAUUUUUGUGGGUGAAAUCCAGUUAUAUCAAUAGGUAUCUGUGCAUUUAGAAAUUUUUCAAAGGUGUGAAACAUUUCUCAAUGCAGAUUUUGCAUCAGGUUCAGUUUUUUUUCACACAAAUUUGAUGUGUUGACCAGAAGAAGAAGCUGUUUGGUUUGAAAGUGACUUCUGUUUGAGCAUUGCUUCGUGCAUUGCUAAUAUCGACAGUUUGACAGUGACGUUUUUUUGGUUUAUCACUGGAAUUUUGCUAAUGUGACUGCGUCUUAAAUGGAUGAACUCUAGAGGUAUUGCUUUGGGUGUUGUUUUACUCGAGGUUUUAUGCCUGAUUGUACGUUCAAGCUGAGAAUGAAUCUGCUUAAAGUCAACGUGAAAUCAAAAUUGACUCAUUUUAAAUUUUUAAUGCACCAGAUUCUAUAGUAAACAGUGACAAACCAAAAUGCAGUGAUCACUUAGGCCUCUCAGGCUAUUGGAUAAUGCUAACCAGUAGCUAAAUGGAUCUUUUGCCACAGUUUUAGCAAACUUGGAUUUAAUCUGACUGCAUUCUGUUCUGUAAUGCAGCCACUUUUCAUGAUCCAAUCAGUUUCUGAUGGAUAGACAUUUUUGUCUUGUUAUACUGUUUCACUAGAGAAUGCAUCACAUGAGAGAAAGAAAAUGGGUUUUGAUUCAUGCUGACUUUAAGCGUCUGCAAAGCCUAAUGACACACUUAUCUUACAGAAAAUAACCAUGACUGCAGGGCCACAUUUUAGCCUGAAAUGAAGUUAUACGCCAGCUAAAAGACAUCUGUGGUUUCCUGUUUGAUGGUGGCAUGUUGUGUUAGAUAAAAGAUACUUUAAGAUGUGCUGCGGCAGAGUCUGUGGUGUUUAAAACGUUGCGCUUGCAUUUUUUCUUCUUGGUGUCAUCUGUUUCACAAGCCUUGGGGUUUUUGUGACAAUGAGGUGUAAUGUUGCAGGACUCAAGUUCAUAUUUUCAGGAGUGUUUGGACUUGGCCUGGACUCUUGAGUCCAAAUGCAUUCUUGUCUGGACUUGAGUACUACACUCAAGUGUUUUUUUCCUCUGUUCUAUGGUAGCAAUGCCAUAGAGGAACCAUUUUGGAUUCUCCAAAGAACCUUUCAGUGAAGAGUUCCUAAUGUAACACAUUUUUUUCUAAGUGUGAAGAACGUUUAAUAAUCUGAAAAACCUUUUUCCUCUUGGUUCCAUGGUUGUUAAAGGUUCAUCGAUGAACUGUUGAUACCAAUACAGAACCUUUAAUUUGAAGAGUGUACAACACUGCAGAGCUGAUUAUGUGAUUCUCAGUGUUUGUGUUUUCUAGCUAGUGGUGGCAUUUUUACAGUUGAAAGGAAUGGUUUAAUCUUUGGCCUGAACGACCAUCUGUAUUAUUCAGAGCAUUAUGCUGUGAUGGCUGACAUGGUGGUAUCCAUAUCUUUCAAGCACUACAAAACAAAACUAUUUGAAAGGCACUUGAACACUACAUUGCUAUGCAAAAGUUAUUUUCUUCCUUUGCUCUUAUGUUUCUGUUCAUAUCCUGAAAGACUUUUAUGCAUUAGAAAAUACUGAAUCUAAACAGUGCCUCAUCAGUGCAAACAUAACUGCCAUUUUUAGGGACAGACGCAAGACUCUGGUCUCUUAAGUUAAUCAUGCAUUCCACUUCCUGUGCACCAACCGAGAUGAGACAUCCUGUCAUUGAGCUUUUAAAUAGCGAGGGCUGGAUUGGGACCCAGCCGCACGUACGCAUGCACGAACGCACAAACGCACAUAAACUGGUGCUCCUGCCCACUCGAACCCGGGCAAAGGACAAGAGCAAUAAGAACAGCAGGAGCUCAGCUCACUUUCAUGUGGCUGAAAGCCGCUGCGUUUGGCCUCUUCCCCAUCACUGUUCUCCCUGAAGCUCCCUCAUUACUGCCUCCUCCUUUUGUUUGGGUGUAUUAAUAGAACAGGAAUGAGGGGAGGCAGAGCGAGUCCUACAUUUGAACUCUCCUUGGGGACAGAGGCAUUAUUGGAUGGUUUGCCGUGCUGCUCUUUGUCCCACUGGCUCCCUGCAUCCAAUCGCACAAACAUGGAGCUUGUUUUAAGGUUUGAUCAGUUUUUAGGGGGUUUUCCUCUUGUUUUAGCUGUUAUGAGAUUAAAGGCCAGACGUGGGUUUUCGUUUAGCAUUUAUAGAAGUGUAGUGAGCAUUGGCCCUUAAACUGAACGUACUCCUUUGAUCUGUGCACUCCAUUUUUGUUGCCCUGUUUUAGUGCUCUUGGGUGCUUGUAAAUUGUGUUGUCUGCUUGUGAAAUGUAACCUAGAGGCCCCGUGUGCUUGUAUCUGUGAUAGCGGCGGGUGUGGGCGGCUCAUCAGCUCGUGGAGAUGGGCUGAUUAGACUUUUUAAGAUCUACCUUGUUUUUAAAGGGGCUGUGGAUUUGAAGUUGGAGAGUUGAGUUCACCCAAAAUGAAAAUUCUGUCGUUUACUCACCAUCCAAAGUUGUUCUAAACCUGUAUAAGUGUCUUUAUUCUUUUUAGCAUAAAAGAAGAUAUUUUGAAGAAGGCUCUUUACCAAACAUUUGAUGGUAGCCAUUGACUAGCCAAGGCUAUAAUCCCAUUCUGGUAUUAAAAAAAGUGGCUAGGGGUAGAUGACAAAUAACAUGAUCAAGAACUUGUUAUUUCAGAAUCAAAAUUUUAGGUUAAAAUAAAACAUUUAGGAACAUUUUAUAACUCCAUGGGCAUUUUAAUAAUAAAAUUCAAAAUAUUUUAUCAGCUAAUAAUAUAGUAUGAAUAUUUUUAAAAAUCCUUUUCCUUGAUCAAGCAUGAACUGCUGGAAAGGUCAUGUGGCCUUAAAUUGUUGUGGACAUUUGGGGGUCUUGGAGUCAAGAAUCUUGAGAAUAACAUUCACUGUAUUAUAUUAUAUAUUAAUUAUAUAAAAAUAUAGUUUAUUUUUCCCUGUUCACUUCAGUAGUAAAUUCAUUUGUUAAAAGUUCAAAAAUUACAUGAAGUUCUCUCAAUUAGUAAGAGUUUAAAAGAGCAUGUAAUUGAGAUUUUUCAAAGAAACAAUGUUGUUUAAAAUAGUUUUAGAUUAUGUGUAGCACACACUGCAGAGCACUGAUGUCAGUGCUUGAAAUAUUUCAGCUACCCAGAUACAACUUUGUACUUGUCAACAUACACUACCAUUCAGGGUCAGUAAGAUGUAUAUAUAUGACUGUUUUCACAAAAUUAUUAAGCAGCACAACCUAUUUCAACACUGAUAAUAAUAAGAAAUAGGGCUGGGUAAAAAAUAUUGAUUUCAAUCAAUUCUCAUUUUACAAAACAGUAUAGAUUCUUAAAUCCCAAGAAUCGAUUAGUCUGUCCUGUUUUCAUUUAAUAAAUGGAACGUUGUAGUGCACCUUCCAUUAAAAAAAAACACAAUAAGCUUUGUGCUUUGAUACUUUUGAUAUGAAACAAAGUCUCAGAUUUUAAAUUCUGUCCAUUUUAUUACAAUAUUCAAACAAUAAAUACAGUUUUGCCGCGGUUUAAUGUGAAGUGAUCAUCUCAUCCGCUUUAACCAGUUACAGCAUGAAAUAAACAUGAAUGAACAUCUGAAGGUAUGUUAAAAGAAACAGUACAACUUACCGAAAUCUGUAUCCUGUUUCAUGUUAUCACUCAACUGUGAAAAGACCGCAGUGUACGGCUUGUAAACAAUAUGUCACGUGACGUCUAAUUUACCGCAGAAAAACAUUCGGUGACCACAAACUCGUUAGUCAUCUGGAAAAAAAUGAUCUCUAUAAAUGAUACAAAUCUCUAUAGAGGAGCAUUUCGCUAAAUAUAUGCACCAUAUAACAUAUUCAUUAUCAUUUUUAUUAUUAUGAUUUAAUAUUUAAUCUGUUUGAAUAGCUAAAUCCAUAAAAGUUAUGACAGCCACCAUUUAAAUGUUUAUAUUUCAGAAAAAAGGAAUUGGAGUGGAGAUAUAGUUACGUAAUUGUAAAGUUAGUGGUAUAAAUUGAUUAUUAUAAAAACUUAAAUUUAAGUGUUUGUAUACAAAUACGUUAAUUUUAACCCCCAAUAUUAUAAUAUACCACCAGCUGACUCUUAUGUACUAGAUUGGUUGAUUUAUUUUUUCUUUAGAAAAUUUGGCAAAUAUUGUACCUGAUAGAUAUCCAAAAUAAUCAAUAUUGAAUUGAAUCCAAUCAGAAUCGAUCCGAAUUGCAAGCUUGUGAAUAGAAAGCAAAUCGAAUCAUGAAAUGUCAAUACCCAGCCCUAAUAAGAAAUGUUUAUUAAGCAGCAAAUCAGCAUAUUAGAAUGAUUUCUGAAGGAUCAUGUGACACUGAAAGCUGGAGUAAUGGAUUCUGAAAACUCAGCUUUGCCAUCACAGAAAUUAAUCACAUUUUCUAAUAUAUUCAAAUAGAAAUCUUGCUUUAAAAGUUAAGAAUAUCUAACAUAUUU